UAUCGCUCAUGCUUAUACUCAUGGCCCGGAUCCGAGCCGGAAAAGCUCGAAAAACAGCAGCGGUUUUUGAUCUCCUUCUCCACCCUCCAAAGUUCAGACCCUUGGCGAUUUCGGUCCCUCCCCCGAUUGGGCAACCUAAUCGUCCCAUUUGACGCAUCGAUCUCUUCCUCCUCCCCACAUCGUUUACCGAUCUUAAUUCCCUCGUAUUCCUUUCCAUAGAGGUUCAGAAUCGAUCAUGAUGACUGUUCUGAUGCCGCUCCGGUGGUUGGAUUCCUCGCAAUUGGCAUAGUUUCUCAAAGUGAAAUUGUGAGAUUUGACGUGAUCUCGAUCUAAAUGUUGAAUCCAUGGUUCCCUUUCUGCUUUUUCCGGAUCAUUGGCUGGAUAAACUAAUGUAUGUUUGACGAUUUGGUGGUGAAGCUUGAAGGAAACAGGAAGUCGAUAUUUAUCCUCAUAUCGUGUCCCGGAGGGGAAGGUAUGGCUCAGAGUAAUUGGGAGGCUGAUAAGAUGCUUGAUGUUUAUAUACAUGAUUAUCUAUUGAAAAGAAAUUUGCAAGCUACUGCAAAAGCUUUCAAGGAAGAAGGGAAAGUCGCGACUGAUCCCGUGGCAAUUGAUGCUCCUGGUGGUUUUUUGUUUGAGUGGUGGUCUGUGUUUUGGGAUAUCUUCAUAGCAAGAACAAAUGAAAAACAUUCUCAAGUUGCCGCGGCAUACAUAGAGACACAACGGGCAAAAGCAAAGGAAGAACAUCAAAGGCAAUUACAGAUGCAGCAGUUGCAACUCAUACAGCAACAGGCUCAACUGCAACAAAGAGGUGUUAACCAUCUGGCUCUCAAUGGGACUCUCAAUGGGACAAUAAGCUCUACAAACACAAAUGGUAUUUCAGGGCCACCAACUGCUAGUUUAUUGGCUGCUAAACUGUAUGAAGAGCGAAUGAAGCAGCCACAAACCAUGGAUGGUGAAAUAUCCCCACAACUUCUUGAUGCUAAUCGAGUUGUACUUCUCAAGUCUGCAACCAAUCAUCCUGGACAAUUUAUCCAAAGUAACCCUGUCACUGGAUCUCCAGCAACACAGCAUGUUCAAGGACAAAAUCAACAGACAUCUGACAUUAAAGGUAUCAUGGGUGCAGCCCAACGAUCUUUGAAUAUGGAUCCCUCGUUGUAUGGCCAUGGUAUAAUGCAAGCAAAAUCUGGACUAUGUGGCUCUGGAAUGACUCAAGGUGUUAGUGGUCUUCCCCUGAAAGGCUGGCCUUUGACAGGAAUUGAUCAAUUACGUCAAAAUUUUGGUCCUCAAGUAAACAAGCCCUUUCUGCCAAAUCAAAGCCAAUUUCAGCUUCUAUCCCCCAACCAACAGCAGAUUUUGGCACAGGCUCAACCACAAAGCAAUAUUGACUCAUCUAACUGUGGCAUGGAUCCGCGCAGGCUUCGAGCAUUGCCAAGGAGUGUACUCAGUGGAAAAGAUGGUCAAAUGAAUGGCAAUGAUGCGUCAAUAGGUUCUCCUAGUCAGUCAAGUUCGCCAAAGGUCACACAAGAUCAAGCUUUCUUGAAGGCAACUCAGAUGCAGCAGUCAUCUAAUCAACAAACUCAGGAACUUGUGCAGCAACAACAGAUACAGCAGAAUGCACGGAAGCGGAAAACUUCUUCUGGACCAGCAAACAGCUCUGGCACAGGAAACACUGCUGCACCUUCUGUUAACUCACCUCCCUCAACUCCAUCCAUCCAUACACCUGGUGAUGGUGUUUCAAUGUCUGGCAACCUCCAAAAUGCAAGUACUAUGUCAAAAAGUUUGAUGAUGUAUGGAACAGAUAAAUCAGGGAGGCUUGCUUCUUCAAGUCAUCUGGAUGACCUAGAGCACUUCGGCGAUGUUGGUUCACUGGAUGAUAAUGUUGAAUCUUUUCUGUCAAAUGAUGAUGGAGAUGGACAGGACAUUUUUGCUGCAUUGAAAAGUACUGCUGAGAACAAUGUGGAAUCGUUAAAUGGUUUUAGUUUUAAUGACGUUAGUUCUAUUCAAGCCGGGAACAACAAAGUAGUUUGUUGCAACUUUUCUUCUGAUGGGAAAUUGCUUGCUAGUGCUGGACAUGAUAAAAAGGUUGUCCUCUGGAACAUGGAGUCACUGCAAACUGUGAGCAGUGCCCCAGAACAUUCUCACUUCAUCACAGAUAUCUGUUUUAGACCAAAUUCAACUCAGUUGGCAACUUCUUCUUUUGACAGAACUGUCCGUCUUUGGAGUGCUUCGGAUUCAAUUCAUUGUUUACAUGUUUUCCCUGGGCACAACUCACAAAUAACUUCCCUUGAUUUCCAUCCAAAAGAGACGGACAUAUUUUGUUCUUGUGAUGACAAUGGUGAGAUCCGGUACUGGAAUGCCAGCCAAUAUUCUUGCACACAUAGUUUUAAGGGUGGUACAAUACAAGUGAGAUUUCAACCCAGAAGUGGACAAUUUCUAGCUGCAGCUUCAGAGAACACAAUUUCUAUUUUUGACGUUGAGACCCAUACAAAGAUAUCGGCUUUACAGGGUCAUAAGACAGGAUUACAAUCUAUUUGCUGGGAUCCAAAUGGCAACAUGCUUGCAUCUGUUAGUCAGGAUUUAGUUAAAAUUUGGUCGACACGCACAUGGGACUGUAUCAGUGAGCUAAGCUCCAAUGGUAACCAGUUCCAUUCGUGCGUCUUCCAUCCUAGAUACUCACAAAUCUUGGUUAUUGGAGGCUAUCAGUCAUUGGAGCUAUGGAAUAGGAUCGAGAACCAAACCAUGACUGUCCAGGCACAUGAAGGUGUUAUUGCAGCUUUGGCGCAGUCGAGCUUCACUGGGAUGAUGGCCUCUGCUAGCCACGACAAAACUGUUAAAUUAUGGAAAUAGCCUUGAGGCUUCCAUGACAUUUUGAAGCUCUGGGGAGGAAGAAGACAGAAGUGACCAUGGUUCCAGGCACCUUUUCCGUGAUUCUGGGUUUGUGAUUUUACAACAUUAAAGUGGGAAUUCCACCAUCCUGUUGGUAUUCUCUCGAGUGUUCUACAUUAGAGCCUUGUCCUUUACUUCUCAUUGGCUUCAUACAACAGUUUGAUAGAUUUAUAUGAAUAGUUUUAAGUUUCGUACUCGGAUUCAGACCUCAAUUGCUUAAAGAAUGGCAAACGAUGAUUCAGACGAACAACUUGCGUGUGAUAAAAUUAUGUGGAUAAA